UGUCCCGGUCCUGCAGACCUGACGGAGAGAAACAACUCCACGGAGCUUCAUUAACGAGCAAACUUUUCCUCUUCUCUCUUCUGUAACGGCGCAGAAAGUGGCGCAGACUUUUUUUUCCAUGCGGCGCAGUCCGGGACCGGGUUUUAUGAAGACUUCACGAGCCUCGGAUUAAAUGUGUCAUCUGUCAUGGCGGGAGGGAGCGGCUGGAUAACGGGCUGCACGCUGGUCUUUGCGCUCCUCUUCCAGCUGUGCGCCGCUCAGUAUGAGAAGGGGAUUUCCAUCCCGGAGCACGGCUUCUGCCAGACCAUCUCCAUCCCGCUGUGCACGGACAUUGCCUACAACCAGACCAUCAUGCCCAACCUGCUGGGACACACCAAUCAGGAGGACGCAGGACUGGAGGUGCACCAGUUCUACCCACUGGUUAAAGUCCAGUGUUCCGUGGACCUGAAGUUCUUCCUGUGCUCCAUGUACGCGCCGGUGUGCACAGUUCUGGAGCAGGCCAUACCGCCGUGCAGGUCGCUGUGUGAGCGUGCCCGGCAGGGCUGCGAAGCGCUCAUGAAUAAGUUUGGCUUCCAGUGGCCAGAGAGGCUGCGCUGCGAGAACUUCCCGGUCCACGGCGCCGGAGAGAUCUGUGUGGGUCAGAACACCACAGACGGCCCCACGUCCAACCCCACGCCCAACCUCCCUGAGCUUGUGACUCCGCCGCCACCGCACGGCCGGGCCGACCAGCCCUUCUCUUGCCCGCUGCAGCUGAAGGCGCCACCCUUCCUCAACUACCACUUCCUGGGGGUGAAGGACUGCGGCGCCCCCUGUGAGACCUCCAAACCCAACGGACUUAUGUAUUUCCGCGAGGAGGAGUUGAAGUUCGGUCGGCUUUGGGUCGGCAUCUGGUCCAUCCUGUGCUGUGUGAGCACCCUCUUCACCGUGCUCACAUACCUGGUGGACAUGAGGCGGUUUCGAUACCCAGAGCGGCCGAUCAUCUUCCUGUCCGGUUGCUACUUCAUGGUGGCGGUGGCCUAUGCCGCUGGCUUCCUGUUGGAGGACAAAGUGGUGUGUAUCGACCAUCAGCUGACCAGGGACAGCUACAAGAUGGUGGCUCAGGGCACCAAGAAAGAAGGUUGCACCAUCCUCUUCAUGAUCCUCUACUUCUUCGGCAUGGCGAGCUCAAUCUGGUGGGUGAUUCUAUCGCUCACCUGGUUCCUGUCUGCCGGGAUGAAGUGGGGCCACGAGGCACUCGAGGCCAACUCGCAGUACUUCCAUCUGGCGGCCUGGGCGGUGCCGGCGGUUAAAACCAUCACUAUCCUGGCCAUGGGGCAGGUAGACGGCGACCUGCUCACUGGCGUCUGCUACGUUGGGAUCUACAGCGUGGACGCCUUGCGCGGCUUCGUCCUGGCGCCACUGUUCGUCUACCUCUUCAUCGGUACCUCCUUCCUGCUGGCGGGCUUCGUGUCGCUCUUCCGCAUCCGCACCAUCAUGAAGCACGACGGUACCAAGACAGAGAAGCUGGAGAAGCUGAUGGUGCGGAUUGGCGUGUUCAGCGUGCUGUACACGGUGCCCGCCACCAUCGUCAUCGCCUGCUACUUCUACGAGCAGGCGUUCCGGCCGCAGUGGGAGAGGACGUGGCACCUGCAGACGUGCAAAAGAUUCGCAGUGCCGUGUCCAGCUGGAAACUUUGCACCAUUGACGCCUGACUUCACCGUGUUCAUGAUCAAGUACCUGAUGACCAUGAUCGUAGGGAUCACAUCCGGGUUCUGGAUCUGGUCUGGGAAGACGCUGCAGUCAUGGCGCCGGUUUUAUAAGAGACUGAGCAACAGCAACCAGGGAGAAACAACAGUGUAGAGGACGGCGGUGUUUACGGGGACAUGCAGAAGACAUGACUCCUGUUGCUCCUGGAUCCUCUUUUCUAUCAGACGAACACUUUUAUAUUAUAAACUAUUUUUGUACAUUCUAACUGCAGUCACGCUGUGUCCUGCAAUGUUGGACACUAACUGAAACAGGACUCUGAGUCUCCGGGAACAAACGUUGGACUGUAACUGCAACUGGAAGUUUCCUGGAAAUCUAAUUUGAUACUAAUUUAAUCAUCGAUUAGUCUUACAGUUAUUUGUCAAUUACAUGUUUAGAGUGUAAAAUGUCAGUUUGCAGACAGAAGAAGAUGAAAAACGUCUGACACCAGUUAACAUUUGGCUUCUGUGUCCGGGAGGAAAAGUCUUGAUUGGCGUUCUUUACCAGAACUCUAGUUUUACUUUUGUGUCUUUAUUAUGUUACCAAACAGAGACUGAAGCUUUGAGAGAAAAACAUUCAAAAUUGCAAUUAAAAAUGUGGUUAAAAGUGUUAUUAUGUAAAAAGUCCAAAACUUUUGCUCGCGAAAAAAAAUGUUUGCGAAUUAAGUUCGGUUUAGAAAUCCAAGUUCUUUUUGCUAACGUAAAAGUUUUACUUAACUAAAAUGUUUGUUUCCUGAGCUGUCACUUUGAUCCAGACUGGCCAAUAGUGAUGUGUCUGUCAGCGUAAGCCCCGCCCACCAGAUUCAGCUCAACAGAAAACAAAUCUUUGUGAUUCACAAUUAAACACUUUUUAGUCACAAACUUAUUUGACCCGUAACAAAAUGUUUUUUGAUUGCAGUGUUGAUAGUUUUGCUCUGUUUGAUUUAAUUAACCCUUUGAUGCACAACAUAUAAAACACCUUCUAAUACACAACUUGAGUCAAAAAUCUUUUUUUUUUUUUUUAUUACAACAGAUCAUUAUGUCCAUUUUUCCUUUCAUACUUUAUGAAGAAAAAUAGUUUUUGUAUUAUUACAUCAAGUUUACACACAUGGGUCAAAAACGACCUUGUGCAUUAGAAUCGUAGUGAUACAAAAAGUGAUACACUAAGUUAACAAUUUGAGUAUAAUGUGUAACUAUGUUUGUCUUAUUUUGAAGGUUUAACUUUAAAAGAGUUGAUAGAACCACCAGAUUACAUUGGAAAAUCACAUAUUUUAACAUUUGAGACUUAUUAGAGCCACCAAAUAAUAAUUUCCAUUGGAAAAACACCAAUUUAACAAAAUAGGAUAGUUAAUGUGUUAAGUGUGUUCUUUGUUAGGUUUUAAAUUGGUGAAUUGGUGACAACAUAUGAACACCUUCUAAUGCACAACAUGGGUCUAAAAUGACCUUGUGCAUUAGAAGCGUAGUGGAAAAAAAGGGUUUUUAUUCAAAAAGUAAGAAAAGAAAAAAAAUGAGGAUGUAAGGUGAUCAAAAACAAGUUAUUUGAGGAAAACCUGCAAUACUGAAUGAUGUAAUUAAUUUAUUGCAAAGAUAUAGACGAUAAAAACGUAGUUUUCGGGUCACUUUAGACCCAUGUUGUGCAUCAAAGGGUUAACAAGACACAGAAGUAAGUAGUUUUAUUCAGUUCUGAUCUACAAUGUGUUAAUAUUGGUGGGAAAAUGAUGAUAUCCACGUAAAAAAAGUGUUGAAAUCUCUUCAAGACUGAUUUAAACGUGGCAUUUCUUUUAAGACUGCUCACUGAAACACGUUUGUAGAUUCAGUGACUUUCUGUACAUAACUUUAUCUCUGAGUUUUUUUCAGUAAUCUAUAAGAUAAAAUGUGUUUUUGUUCCUUUUGACUGUUUUUGGCUUCUUCUUCUCUGUACUCCCCCAAAACAGCUCAUGUAUUUAUGUGUUUUUUUAAUGACUUGUACAGUUUUUCAGAAUAAAUGUGAAAGUUUUGGCCUCG